AUGUCUGCGUCUACGCUCGAUCUUUGCACCGAGCUUGUCAAGAGCAUUCUCUCGUCGCACAGACGCCAUGUCCCGCCUGCAGAACAACUUCUAGCCAGUACUCCGUCGCCGAAUGCCGCUACCACGGACGCGGGUGAGCCCAUGGCCGCCAGAUGUCUGGCAAGACUACCAACACCGAGUGUCCUACGUAGUCUUUUUCUGAGCAUGUUCUUUACAUCGCCGAUGCUCUUCAGGCCUGGUCUAGCAGUGUUCAAGACCAUUGCAAAUUCGAAAUCGCCAUUUCUCAGCCCGGAUAGGAAUCCGCUGCUACGGGCAUGUGUCAAGCCACUGGUGUAUGACCAAUUUUGUGCUGGGACGAAUGUCGCGGAGAUCAAGAAAACCUCGGCUGGCAUUAAGAGAUUGGGCUUCUCGGGUGUUGUGUUGUGUUAUGGCAAAGAAGUGCAGCUCGACGCCAACAACAAGCCUAUUGGCUAUGAUGGGAAGGGCUCCAGUAUGGAGGCCGAGGUUGACGAGUGGCGGGAUGGCAAUUUGCGAACACUAGCCAUGAUGGAUGCAGGGGAUUGGCUAGGUAUGAAACUGACAGGAGCCGGUCUGCACAUCACCAAAGCUCUGCUGGAUGGCGGACCUGCUCCAGCCAAGUGGGUUGAAGCUAUGGACGCUCUUUGCCAACAGGCCCGCACUCAGAACGCCAGAAUCUGGAUCGAUGCAGAGCAACAAGUGUUGCAGAAAGGCAUUGACAGGUGGGCGUUUGACGUGAUGAGACGCUACAACACAAGCACGCGAGCCCUCGUGUACAACACAGUCCAGGCAUACCUCAAGACAGCCCGUGACAAGGUACAACAUCAACUUGCAACUGCCUCGCGGGAGGGAUGGCGGUCAGGAAUCAAGCUUGUCAGAGGUGCAUACAUCAGCAACGACCGGAGAGAUCUGAUUCACGACACGAAAGAGGGGACGGAUAAGUCGUACAACAGUAUCGUGGAAGAUCUGCUCCACGGCAAAGGCUUCCCUGUUCUAGAAAAGAAUCCGAAUUUCGAGCAUGAUCUACUUCUCGCCGGACACAAUACUCAGACCAUUCGAGGGGCAGCGAGAAUGGCGAGCAGCCUUCGUUCAAAAGGUCAGCUGAAAGUCGUGCCAGAAUUUGGGCAGCUGCAAGGUAUGGCCGACGACAUCGGGUGCGAGUUGAUCCAAAGCGGUGAGGACGCACUGCGCGCUGACACCAACGCCUUCAUCCGAAAGUCUACAAAUGUUUGA